AUGGCCGACGUGUCGCCUCCGCCCGCCACCCUCCAACAUGACGAGAAGCGGUGCUUUAUCUGUCUCAUGGAUGAGAACGAGUCCGGCUCCUCCGAGUCCGCCUGGGUCGACCCGUGCCCCUGCACCCUCGAGGGCCACCAGGACUGCAUGAUCCAGUGGGUGACGGAGCUGGAGCGCGAGGGCAAGGAGAUCCGCUGUCCCGUCUGCAAGGCCGUCAUCAACGUCGACGAGCCCUACGACCCGGCCCUUGCGCUCAACAACCGGAUCUACAAGACAUUUAGCAAGAUGUCGCCCGGACUGAUCCUCGGGGGCCUCGGCGCCGGCACCUGGGUCAGCCUCGCCAUGUACGGCAACAUCGCGGUGCGCGUCUUCGCUGGGCCCGAGGCUACCUAUCGGUUUUUCUUCAAUGACAACAACCCACGGGGCAUACCCAUGGUCAACUGGAUCCACGUUGCCAUCCUGCCCACGAUUGCGCCUGCCCUGAUCCUGGGCCAGUCGUUCCCCGUCUUGGGUAACGUUUUCUUCAUGCCCGCGGCUGCGUUGUAUGGCGUCUUUCACAUGGCGCGCGACGACCACUUCUUCUCCUGGCCCCCCUCACCCCAGCUCGCCGCGGCGUGCUUCCCCUACAUCAGAGCUGUGUACAACAAUCUCUACCAGGAGUUCGUCACCCCGUACGAGAAAAAGUGGGAGCGCAGGAUGGCAGGCCUGCCCGAACCAGUGGCACCGCCACCGCCAGCGAACAACAGACCCGCAGGGAACCGUCAGCGUCGGCCCGCUGGGAACAAUGACGGUGCCAACAACGAUGACAGGAACGUCGGCAUCGUCGGGGGUCUGCUCGAUGCGGCUAUCGACAUGCUGGACAUCCCCGAGGUUGGGAUGGCAGUCGAAGUCGAGGAGAUCGAGAUGGGUGAAGAGCAAGGCGUCGCGCAUCUCGAGAUUCUCGUGGAGCCGCUCGAAGACGAAGCGGCAGAGAGGGAAAACGCCGCCAGGGAGGUCGCGGAUGUCAUCGCCGAGCAGCAGGCUCACCUGAACGAGCAACCGGUGGCGAUCCAGCAACCUGCGCAGCCCGCGCAACCGGCGCCCGCGGCCCCUCGUCAGCGAGGCAUUCAAGCCAGUCUCCGGGAUGUCACGAACACACUGGCAAGCACGCUGCUCCUGCCCAUGCUUUCGGCCGGCAUGGGCGAACUUCUCCGCCUGGUGCUGCCCCAGCACUGGACCACGCCGGUGGGUGGCUUCGGUCGGUUCAAGGUGCGGACUGGCCUGCUGCAGGACCAAUGGGGCAGGAAUCUCGUCGGCGGCUGCAUGUACAUCGUCCUGCGCGACGCUUUCCGACUCUACACAAAGUACCGUAUGGCCCAGAAUAAGCCUCUGCGCCGAGUUCGGAACGUGGACCGCCUAAGGAAUCAUGCCGCGUCGUCCACUUCUGCGUAA